CAGUUUUUCCAAUCUUGUCAUCCUUGUAUUGGAGGUAGGUUUUUCCCCUAGCCAUAUCUCGCUCUUGUUUUAAUUUAAACAGGAAGUCUGUCUGACCCCAGUGCAGCUGUUAACAAGCGUAGGAUCGGAAUCUUAAUUCUGUCAAGUGUCAACGCUGCGUUUCCUGCCCUCAUUUCUGACUAAAUACUCAGCUAGCUAGCUAGCUUGACUUCAGGUCCAUCUGCGUUAGUUUCCCGACCCCGAAGGUGUUUUAUCGUUUGGUUCGUUACUUUGAUCGGGCGCCAAGGGAUGGCGUUUUUGGAGAAACAGUCCCCGGGAAGGGUGCUGUUGGAUGACACGGUGGCCCUUACAGCACUGAUCGAGGCUAGCCAAAAUCUACAAUCUCACACGGAAUACAUAAUCCGUGUACAGAGGGGUGUGUCUACAGAAAACAGUUGGCAGGUCAUAAAGCGAUACAGCGACUUUGAUAUGCUGAAUAGCAGUUUGUUGGUCUCUGGCGUCAGCCUGCCUCUACCACCUAAGAAGUUGCUAGGUAACAUGGACAGGGAGUUCAUAGCAGAGAGACAGAGAGGACUACAGGUCUACCUAGACUUUAUUACCCAGCAUCACAUCCUAGCCACCUGUCAACUGGUCAAGAAGUUUCUGGACACCAACAAUUACUCUGCCAACUAUACAGAAAUCGCCUUACAGCAGGUGUCCAUGUUCUUCAGGUCGGAUCCGAAGUGGGAGGUGGUGGAGCCUUUGAAAGACAUUGGGUGGAGGAUACGGAAGAAAUAUUUCUUAAUCAAAAACAAAGAACAACCCAAGGAACGUCAAGUGUUGAGUUGGGUUGACUUGGGUCCAGAUAAAUUCCUGUCAGACAAAGAUCUUCAGUCGACCAUGAAGCUCCUACCCAGCCUCACUAAUCCGUACAUCUGCCCGGUGACGUUCGCCAACACCAGUGAGUUGUCUGCUCUGGUCAUCAGGAUGUUUAACGAAAAGGGAACUCUGAGGGAUCUCAUAUGUAAGGUGAAACCUAAAGAGGUCUUUAUGAGGAAGUACUGCAACCCCAAGAAAAUCCAGGGUCUGGAGCUGCAGCAAAUCAGGACCUACGGACGACAGAUUCUAGAGGUUCUGAAGUUCUUCCAUGACAAAGGCUUUCCGUACGGUCACCUCCAUGCCUCUAACAUAGUGAUAGAAGAUAACACAUGUAAAGUACUGGACAUAGAGAACAGCCUGCUGGGCCUGCCCUCGUACUACCGGCCCUACAUCACACAGUUCAGGAAAAUCAACACGACAGAGAGUAUAGAUGUAUACUCGUUUGGACACUUACUGUAUGAAAUGACGUACGGAAGACCUCCUGAUGCUGUGCCUGUCGACCAGUACCCUGCUGUACCCAACACCUCAGUGGUGUCUGUGCUGCAAUCCAUCCUGUCCACAGAUGCCUGUAAGACCGGGAUGCCCACUGUUGCACAACUGCUGCAGACACCGCUGUUCAGCGACGUGCUGCUGUUUCACUCAGAGAAACUCCAGUUCAAGAUCCCUACCAAAUUAAGAGACGCCUUGAAAACUGCCAAAGAGUGCAUGGAAAAGCGACUCCAAGAAGAGCAGAAAACGAACCAGCAGCACAGGAGGCUGACCAGAGCUCAGUCCCACCACGACUCAGAGGAGGAGAAGAGGAGGAGGAAGAUACUGGCUAGAAAGAAGUCCAGACAGUCGGCCUAUGAGAACGAGGAGGAUCUCUCUGUGAAAUACAACAACAACUCUGGUUCAGGAGCCAGCUCCCCACCAACCUCUCCCUCCUCCCCCACCCCUCCUCACACUACAGGAGUUGCCCCUCCACCUCCUCUUCCUCCUCCUCCUCCUCCUCCUCUACCUCCAAGUGAUAACCCUGGCCAGUCCCACGCCCCUCCUCAUCCUCCUCUCCCUGGGUCAGAUCCUCCUCCUGCCAACGGUGUGGGGCGUGGCGCCCUGCUCACCUCCAUCACAUCAUUCAGUAUAGGCAAACUGAAGAAAACGGUGUCCAUCGACCGCAGCAUCCGACGCUCUGAAGUGGAUCGCUCUUCCUUCUCGUCCUGACCCUGUGGUCCCAGUCACCCCUAAAGGUUACCUGUGGUCCCAGUCACCCCUAAAGGUUACCUGUCGUCUCAGUCACCCCUGAAGGUUACCUGUCGUCCUGACCCUGUCGUCCCAGUCACCCCUAAAGGUUACCUGUCGUCCCAGUCACCCCUGAAGGUUACCUGUCGUCCUGACCCUGUGGUCCCAGUCACCCCUAAAGGUUACCUGUCGUCCCAGUCACCCCUGAAGGUUACCUGUCGUCCUGACCCUGUGGUCCCAGUCACCCCUGAAGGUUACCUGUCGUCCUGACCCUGUGGUCCCAGUCACCCCUAAAGGUUACCUGUCGUCCCAGUCACCCCUGAAGGUUACCUGUCGUCCUGACCCUGUCGUCUCAGUCACCCCUAAAGGUUACCUGUGAUCCCAGUCACCCCUAAAGGUUACCUGUGGUCCCAGUCACCCCUAAAGGUUACCUGUGGUCCCAGUCACCCCUAAAGGUUACCUGUGGUCCCAGUCACCCCUAAAGGUUACCUGUGGUCCCAGUCACCCCUAAAGGUUACCUGUGGUCCCAGUCACCCCUAAAGGUUACCUGUGGUCCCAGUCACCCCUAAAGGUUACCUGUGGUCCCAGUCACCCCUAAAGGUUACCUGUGGUCCCAGUCACCCCUAAAGGUUACCUGUGGUCCCAGUCACCCCUAAAGGUUACCUGUCGCCCUGCUCAAUCCCUUUUUUGCUCCUUCAGUUUUUUUGCUUCUAAAUUUAGUUUCCGCCCGAUGAGUUGACCCCCCCCAGCCCCGCCCCUUAAGAUUUGAGGUAGGGGACGGGGCAUCAACUCCUUUCCAAUAUGGCCGCCUGGUUUGUUCUCCCUUUAGCACAAAAACGACUGGUCAGUGGACUAUACAGGUGGUUUAAAGAUGAGGUGGCAUCAGCCAAGUCUGGUCUCUAUCUGGAAGACUGUAGUGAAUGACUUAUGAUUUCAGUGGAGCGUCCUUUCUUCUUAUUUACAGUGAAGUGACUUGAAUGGAACGUACGUGAAGCAACUGUGAGGGAAGUGAUUCAGAAAGUAAGCACAUGAACCACAGGUGUUUCAGAGGGACUGGGAUUCUGACCUGACAUCCACCAACCAACAGCAUUUCAUCACAGUGAGACGACUAUGAAAGAACUGUCCGUGUCAUCGCAGUGAGACGACUAUGAAAGAACUGUCCGUGUCAUCGCAGUGAGACGACUAUGAAAGAACUGUCCGUGUCAUCGCAGUGAGACGACUAUGAAAGAACUGUCCGUGUCAUCACAGUGAGACGACUAUGAAAGAACUGUCCGUGUCAUCACAGUGAGACGACUAUGAAAGAACUGUCCGUGUCAUCACAGUGAGACGACUAUGAAAGAACUGUCCGUGUCAUCGCAGUGAGACGACUAUGAAAGAACUGUCCGUGUCAUCGCAGUGAGACGACUAUGAAAGAACUGUCCGUGUCAUCGCGGUGAGACGACUAUGAAAGAACUGUCCGUGUCAUCGCAGUGAGACGACUAUGAAAGAACUGUCCGUGUCAUCGCAGUGAGACGACUAUGAAAGAACUGUCCGUGUCAUCGCGGUGAGACGACUAUGAAAGAACUGUCCGUGUCAUCGCGGUGAGACGACUAUGAAAGAACUGUCCGUGUCAUCGCAGUGAGACGACUAUGAAAGAACUGUCCGUGUCAUCGCAGUGAGACGACUAUGAAAGAACUGUCCGUGUCAUCGCAGUGAGACGACUAUGAAAGAACUGUCCGUGUCAUCGCAGUGAGACGACUAUGAAAGAACUGUCCGUGUCAUCGCAGUGAGACGACUAUGAAAGAACUGUCCGUGUCAUCGCAGUGAGACGACUAUGAAAGAACUGUCCGUGUCAUCGCAGUGAGACGACUAUGAAAGAACUGUCCGUGUCAUCGCAGUGAGACGACUAUGAAAGAACUGUCCGUGUCAUCACAGUGAGACGACUAUGAAAGAACUGUCCGUGUCAUCGCAGUGAGACGACUAUGAAAGAACUGUCCGUGUCAUCGCAGUGAGACGACUAUGAAAGAACUGUCCGUGUCGUCGCAGUGAGACGACUAUGAAAGAACUGUCCGUGUCAUCGCAGUGAGACGACUAUGAAAGAACUGUCCGUGUCAUCGCAGUGAGACGACUAUGAAAGAACUGUCCGUGUCAUCACAGUGAGACGACUAUGAAAGAACUGUCCGUGUCAUCGCAGUGAGACGACUAUGAAAGAACUGUCCGUGUCAUCGCAGUGAGACGACUAUGAAAGAACUGUCCGUGUCAUCGCAGUGAGACGACUAUGAAAGAACUGUCCGUGUCAUCACAGUGAGACGACUAUGAAAGAACUGUCCGUCUGUAUUAUGUUUAUUGAAUCUGUAUUCUUUUUACCUUUUUGUUUUCUUGGAAUGAAUGGAAGGAGAUGUGAUGCUGUUGGACUGUCUGUGUUGCUUAUGUCUAUGUGCCACAUUCAUCUCUGUGCCUGCGUCAAUAUAUGGCUUGCGUCCCAAAUGGCAUCCCAUUUCCUAUAUAGUGCACUACUUAGUAGUAGUCUGCUAUAUAGGGGAUAGGGUGCCAUUUUCAAAUGCGCACAUAGAUACAAAAAAAAAAAACUAUGGACGCUGCAAGGAUUAAAACCUCAGAUUACCCAUUGUUUA